UGGUUGUAUGUAAAUGAAUGGGUCGACAACUUCCUCCGAGCAACUUAUUGUUGCUUCAUCUAUAGUAUUUAUCUUCUAAAAAUCCAUUCCAACAGGUUUCUCCCCUUUUAUUUUGGAAUAAGUGUUCUUAUUUAACUAUGGAAUGGAAAUGAAGAGCAAAAAAAAAAAAAUGGUGCUAGCUGGGGAGGAGUGGUGGAAGGCUGUGCUUUCUUGAGUUUUCUGUUCUGUGGUUGUUUGCUUCUUAUAAAUUGGGUAUUAUUGCGGGCUUUUCAGAACACGUAUUCAGAUAGGUUUUUGUUGUUGUUGUUUUGUUUAUUUUUUCCUUUUUUUUUUUUUCAAGCUAGAACUCGAUAUGGUCCUGGUAGUUGAGGUAGAUACUCUUCCAUGGGUUCCGGGAUCACAUGCAUUCAUUAUACCUCAGUUAAACUUGGAAAAUAUUAAGGGAGUGAGUAAAGUUUAACAGCCUUUUAAAAAGUCAUUUCGUUCUUGUCUUUGCCUUUACUGUACGUUGUUAUAUAUACAUGUUAUAAUAUGACUGAUUCACCUGGUUGGCUUUGGCUUAGCAUGAAAUGUUUGCUACUUGCUAAUUCUGAUUAAUUUGUCCAGGAAGUCAUUCCUGAGAUGCAGUUCUUCAAAUUGAGAAAUAAUUUCCAUGUUUGUUAAAAAAUGGAAAUCUCUAACAUUUCCAUUUCUAUUUUCAGUUACAUUGGUUAUGAAUUAGCCGCAGACAUGGACAUCGUUUAGAAAGAAGUUAUGUAAUCUUUAAAAAGAAAAGAUUACCUGUAUCCCACAAUAGUGUGAUUUUUGUUGCAAGAAAAUACUGGGUCUGCUAAAGAAGAAAUUUAGGUUCUUCACCAAAGGACAUGGAUGAAAAUGAAGGCAACCAGUCUCUGAUGACAAGCAGCCAAUAUCCUAAAGAAGCAGUAAGAAAACGUCAAAAUUCAGCACGAAAUUCCGGAGGAAGUGAUUCUUCUAGGUUUUCUAGGAAAAGCUUCAAACUGGAUUAUAGACUAGAAGAAGAUGUAACUAAAUCCAAGAAAGGAAAGGAUGGGAGAUUUGUGAAUCCAUGGCCAACAUGGAAAAACCUCUCUAUUCCAAAUGUUCUCAGAUGGCUGAUAAUGGAGAAAGAUCACAGCAGUGUUCCAAGUUCUAAAGAGGAACUUGACAAAGAACUCCCAGUGCUUAAGCCAUAUUUUAUCACUAACCCUGAAGAAGCUGGAGUGAAGGAAGCUGGCUUAAGAGUCACAUGGCUGGGACAUGCCACAGUAAUGGUGGAAAUGGAUGAGCUCAUAUUUCUCACGGAUCCCAUCUUUAGCUCUCGUGCUUCACCAUCGCAGUACAUGGGUCCAAAGCGAUUUCGUCGUUCCCCGUGCACAAUAAGUGAACUCCCUCCAAUAGAUGCAGUCCUUAUCAGUCACAACCACUAUGACCAUCUGGACUACAAUUCUGUCAUUGCUUUGAAUGAGCGAUUUGGUAAUGAGUUGAGAUGGUUUGUGCCUUUGGGUCUCCUUGACUGGAUGCAAAAAUGUGGCUGUGAGAAUGUGAUUGAGUUGGACUGGUGGGAGGAGAAUUGUGUCCCCGGACAUGAUAAGGUCACCUUUGUCUUUACACCUUCCCAGCACUGGUGUAAAAGGACUCUAAUGGAUGACAACAAGGUGCUUUGGGGCAGCUGGUCUGUCUUGGGGCCUUGGAAUCGAUUUUUUUUUGCAGGAGAUACUGGUUAUUGCCCUGCUUUUGAAGAGAUAGGAAAAAGAUUUGGACCUUUUGACCUUGCAGCUAUUCCCAUCGGAGCUUAUGAACCAAGGUGGUUUAUGAAAUACCAGCAUGUAGACCCAGAAGAAGCUGUAAGGAUUCACAUUGAUGUCCAAACAAAGAAAUCUAUGGCAAUUCACUGGGGAACUUUUGCCUUAGCAAAUGAGCAUUACUUAGAGCCUCCAGUGAAGCUGAAUGAAGCUCUAGAGAGAUAUGGACUUAACGCUGAAGAUUUUUUUGUCUUGAAGCAUGGAGAAUCAAGAUACCUAAAUACUGAUGAUGAAAACUUUUAAUAAAUGUGAGCACAGGCACUCUUAAUGAAAAAGGCAUCAUCUGAUAUAAGUUUGAAAACAAAUGAAAAGACUUAGAAAUUCAUGAAUAUUGUGAUUAUUUUACAUUUGGAAACAACUUCUGCAAGUUUAUGUUUUAUGUUUUGUGUAAUAACUUGCUUCCUAAUAUGAUCAGCUCAUGUACACUAUGAGGGGGUUCAGGGGUGGGUCAUUUAAAUAAUGAAUUGGCUAAUGUGGAUUUUAAAUCUCAUAUCAUGAUAUAAGCACUGCAAUGGAAAUGUUUUUACUAAAGCAUUAUACUUUUGUGGUACUAGAAUUUCCUGAGGUGAAAAACUGAUACUGAAGACUCAUUUUUCUUUUUUCCAUUCUUCAGGACCUUCGGCAAGGUGAGUCAAGGCUGUCUACCUACCUAGAUUUUUUUCAGAGGCCUACAAAUACAAGUGUCUUUCUUAUAUGCACAUUAUAAUAAAUGAUGAAAUUCAGUCCAACAUGCUUAUUAUAAACAUAGCAAUUCUUCCUCUAUCAAAUUAGCAUAUAUGCCAAAUAUUAAAUAUGGUUUAUUUCGGUAAGCAUAAAAACAUAGGGGCUAUCAUUUUUUUUUUUUUUUUUUUGAGACAGAGUCUCGCUCUGUCGCGCAGGCCCAGGCUGGAGUGCAGUGGCGCAAUCUCGGCUCACUGCAAGCUCUGCCUCCCAGGUUCACGCCAUUCUCCUGCCUCAGCCUCUCCGAGUAGCUGGGACUACAGGCGCCCGCCGCCACGCCCGGCUAAUUUUUUUGUAUUUUUUAGUAGAGACGGGGUUUCACCGUGGUCUCGAUCUCCUGACCUCGUGAUCCGCCCGCCUCGGCCUCCCAAAGUGCUGGGAUUACAAGCGUGAGCCACCGCGCCCGGCCCGGGGCUAUCAUUUUUAAAGACUUGAUUUUUUCUAUUGUGGUAAAAUAUACAAAUACAUAUUUGCCAUUUUAAACAUUUACUAUUUUAACCAUUUUUAAGUGUACAGUUCUUUUGCAUUAAUGCACCCAUGACCACCAUUCACUUAAAUUUUUAAAAGAGAGAACAGUAUAUUCUUUUCCUAGAGCCUUUAGAUGAGAGGGAACAGUAUAUUCUAUUGCACGUCUACAAUUCCCAAAAGACCUCUUACUUUGGGAGGCCAAGGUGGGUGGAUCACUUGAACCCAGGAGUUUGACAUCAGCCUGGGCAACAUGGUGACCUCCUGUCUCUCUCGGAAAAAAAAAAAAAAAGAAAAAGCCGGGUGAGGUGGUGUUGUGUACCUGUAGUCACAGGCACUUGGGAGGCUGAGGUGGGAGGAUCACUUGAGCCCAGGAGGUAGAGGCUGCAGUGAGCUGUGAUCGUACCACUGCACUCCAGCCUGGGUGACAAAAUGAGACCCUGUCUCAAAAGAAUGCCCUCUUCUUAGCUGAGCAGAGGAAGGGAAGGAGUGUGGCUAUGAGAAUAUGAUUUAUGCCAUUUUCUGUUUUUAAAUCUAGAAGAUCUUCUAAGCACAAAUAUAGCUACAAUGAAAUAUUUUACAGACAAAAUGUUAAUCGACCAUAUACUUUGAAUUAAAUGUUUUUAAUUUUCUCUACACAUAUUUUUUUCCUAGAGUCUCUUAGCUCUAAAUAUAUCAAUCAGAUUUAUAAUUUUUUUACCUGAUUCAGAUGUCUUAUAUUUUUAUAUUAAAUCAACCUUAAGCAUGAUUCUUUUGGUAAGCCAGUAUGAAUACCAGUGGGGGGAGAAAAAAAGUCAGUUGACAUAAGAUUUAGUCCUAAUAAGGACUUUGUAUUCACUUGAUUAUUCUGACCCUUCCUAAGGGAGGGAGUUGGAUUAGAUACCACUGGAGGCCCAUUCUGUAUUCCUAAUCCAGUCUCAGCACUUUAUUCCUACAAAAUAAUCAAAAUAGGUUUUCUACACCAAAUGCUACCCAGGCAGUGCUCUAUAAUUUGCACAUGUGUAUGUGUGGUGCCACGUUAGCCACUAAAUCUUAACUUUUACCCUGCUUUCAUCAUGGAUUUUUUGUGUAACCUGAAACAAGUCACCAAUGCUCACUGUGCCUGUUUCCUCAUUUGCAACAAGAGGAUAAUUCCGACCUACCUCUGAAAAAUGUGUAGAAUAAAUGAGUUUUUAAAGCACUUUAGAAAAUGUAAAGGAGAAAAUGAUUUCUUAAGAUAUCACUGCCUAAUAUAGACAGGUAUAUUUGAAAGCUAAAUACACGUUAAUGCUUUUGAUAAUGUAUUGUUCCUAUUGCAAAUUUAAGCAUUAUAUGUUAGGAGACUAAACAUUGAAAACUUUAUUUCACUGAUUUUUAAACUGGAGUAAUAGCCUAAAUAAGUAAGUAUAAAUAAUCAUUAUCAAAAUUUAGUGUUUAUCUACAAAGAUGCGAAUCAGUCAAGGGGAAAUGUGUAUGCAAUGUGUGUAUAUAUAAUGUAUGUGAAUGUAUGUGAUUUUGGGGUACUAAAGCACAAAAAAAUCCCCCAUAAAAUAAACCUUCCUGAAAAGACUGAUCAUAAACUUUUUCACUCCAAGCAGAUGUGAAUCAAGAUGUUAGGUUUAUGGUGGGUUAGCUUUGAGGUGUGUUGCCCUAAUACUAGCCAGCAUUGUUGUAGCCAUAUUCCUUGCUGCUGCACGCCGAAUUGAAAAUCCAUCUCUUUCUUACCUCUUCUCUAUGAAGCAAGCCAGGUAUGUCUUGCUUAAGUAUUUCUUCUCCAUGAAUGGCCUUAAAACGUUAUUUUGUAUUCAUAUGUACUGUUUAACUGAGGGUCUCAAAGCACUUUAAACUGUUGUGUUCUAUUUCCACUCGUCUGGCCUGCCUCAUUUUUCUAGGCCCUUUCAUAAGCUGUAAAUUUUUUAUUACCACUCACGUUCUUUCUACACUGACACUAUUAUUAAGAACAUCAAGCUUCAUCUCUGCUUACAGAAUCUCACCUUAUUGAGUGGGUUCCACUUUAUUUUUCAUGUUAUCUACAUUUUGAAGGGUUUAUGUGCAAAGUGAAAAAUUUUGAAAAAUAAGACAAAUCCAUUCUCUUCAAUUAAGUCUAACAUGCAUUGCACUUGUCUUUUCAUCAGUCUUAUCCUCUAAGUCAACUUCAUUUUCCUCUUUAAUUAGUGAAUACGCAUAGCAAUAUGUAAGAUUUUAGUGAAGUUUCCUGUGAUAACUGAGGAACACUGCUAUGCCUCACUGCCCAAUAGGGUGGGUCAUCAAUUAGGAGAAAUCCCAAAUUAUAAAAGCCAACAUAUGCCAUGACCUACAUAGGAAAAGAUGUAUUUGUGCAUCUUCUUUCUGGGUAAAAAUUACUCCCUCUUUUCUCUAGCAUUUUGACAUUUCAGACUCAAUGCUCUGAUCUCUAGGGAGUGUGAUUAUUCAAACUAAUGAGAGAGGACAAGAAGACAUAGUUUUAGAAUCCACUGCUGCUAAAGCACAUUAAAAACAAAUCCUUGUUUUUAAUGUAUGCACAUUUUCAUAUUUAAUGAAUAUGCUUUCAUUAAAUAGGGAGGUAGAUUUGAAAAAACUGUUAUAAAGAAAUGUGCCUUCUGGGGAAUGAAUACUUUUGUUUAUGUCUAGCCCACUGGGAAUUUUCAGUUUUCACCUUAUACUGAGCCCUUUUUCUAAUGUAAACAUAUUUCUUCCAAGUUUGAUUUCUGUAUCAGGGUAACAUUGAGAACACACAUAUUUCUGUUUGAGGAUUUGUGACUUCCUAUGGAAACAGUCUUGUAUCUAUGUAUUUACAAAUGAAAUUUAAAGUAUUCUUAAAGCUUUGCCUUAAAUACUGCUUGCAUACUGAUUUACUUAAUGCUAAGCAUGGCAGGGGUUAUAAAUUUAAAUAUUAUAAGACCUGGCUGAAUCCCAGAUGUAUCAAUAAAUUGUUAUAGUAGCUUAUGGAAUAAAAAUACUAUUAAAGAUAACAAAUUUUCAUACAUUGUAUUUUUAGUCGAGUAAAAUAUGGAUGAAAAUUAAUAAAGUACUGUCAAGGGAAAAAAUA